UUGCUUGGCACCACUAAGAAGAGAAUGGAUCCAUCCUCUUGGCACCCUCCCUUUAGAUAUACGCACAAAUGAGGUCCCCUCUCGGUCAUCUCUUCUCGAGGCUGAAAUUCAUCCUCUGGCAAUCACUGAUGUCGCCCGUUUCCUUUUGCUUAGCGAGAGUUCCAGCUAUUUUUGCAGAAGAUAGUCUAUUGGAGAGGAUAGAAAAAUAGGAACAGAAACUGGAGUCAUUCACAGUGACAGUAUUCUCACCUGAAGAGAGAUGGCAGAAAUCAAUUCUCCUGUAAAUAUCAAGGAAAAGAUCAAUGCAAUACGAUCAAUUGUUCCGAACAAAAGCAAUAAUGAGAUAGUCCUGGUGUUGCAGCAGUUUGAUAACAAUGUAGACAAGGCUGUUCAAGCUUUCAUGGAUGGCAGUGCAACUCAGGUUCUGAAGGAAUGGAAUAUGACAGGGAAAAAGAAGAACAAUAGGAGAAAAAGAAGCAAAUCUAAACAGCAUCAAGGCAAUAAAGAUCCUAAAAACAAGAAUGGACCUGAGAAGGCAUCUCAAGAACCCCAGGGAAUACAUGACUGUCAUAUGAACGGAUGCUCUAAGGACAACUCUUGCCGUGGUUCUGCCAAUCAGAAACUGGAAACCACUUCUCUGGAGAACAAAGGCUCAGGAUUUGUAGGAUCAGCACUGGACUGUCCAGAAAUCAGAGACAGAGAACGAGAAUGCCAGAGAUUAUCUGUGGAAUUAAGCCCAAAGAAUAUGAAUGGAGUAGAACAGCAUGAGCCUCCUCAGUCAUCAGUUCAACUCCAGUGUAACCUAGGCAGGCCAAAGUCAAAAUCUUCCUCAGUUAAAUCAUCCAAUGCUACAACCCAACUUGAAACAAAGACAGAUGAUUCAGUUAAAAAAAGAGGGCCAAACAUUGAAAAAUCAGUAAAAGACUUGCAGCGUUGCACUGUUUCUCUAACCAGAUACCGUGUGAUGAUCAAAGAGGAAGUGGAUAAUUCAGUGAAGAAGAUCAAAGCUGCUUUUGCAGAAUUGCACAGCUGCAUCGUAGACAAAGAAGUGUCAUUAAUGGCAGAAAUUGAUAAAGUUAAAGAAGAAGCCAUGGAAAUCCUGACUGCUCGGCAGAAGAAAGCUGAGGAGCUGAAGAGACUGACGGACCUCGCCAGUCAGAUGGCUGAAGCACAACUGUCUGAACUCAGGGCUGAAAUUAAGCACUUUGUGAGUGAACGGAAAUACGACGAAGAGCUGGGCAGGUCUGCCCGAUUUUCCUGUGAUACAGAACAGCUGAAGACCCAAAUUCAGCUCUGUGGAGAAAUUUCUCACCCAAAGAACAACUAUUCCUCAAGGACACCAUGCAGUUUAGUGCUGUCUUCAAUGACCUCUCAUGCAACAACUGGCAAGCAAAACACACACACACGAAAGUCCUCUAGUAAUGCCAAGAACUCUGAUAAUAAAACAGCCAGCAUUAAAGUACAAAGUCAUCUUUCUUCCAAUCCUACAGAAUCUUCUUCUCAAGGAAUUCCAACAAAUAAGCAGAAUGGGCCUUCUAGCCAGAGACGAAGAUUCAACCCACAGCACCAAAACGUGCGGCUCAAUGGAUCUCUGAAGGCACAAGGUGCCAGUAAUGAGGCAGAUCAAAAUACAAAGAGCGGCGCCAGGUCUGAGCACAGAAGACAGCAGCAUAACAGCUUCAGAUCUAAAAAUAAAGGAGCCAUGAAAAAUCAAGAGCAGUCUACAACUGCAAGGACCACAGAGAAUCCGACACAUUCGGAGAAGACCCGUCGGAAGCACCACACACCAGACACUGCAGAUCACAGGCCUUUCCAAGGCAGUGUUGGCAGGGUGUCCCAAUGCAAUUUAUGUCCUGCAAGGAGGGAGGUCUCUGCUGAUGCCACUGUUCUUUCAGUGCCAACUGUGACUUUGGUGGCUUAAAAUGUCACAGUGAUGGCAGGCAGAGAAAUUUAAUAUCUUCAUUUUAGUUUCUUGCUCGAAAUGCUUGUUGGUGAAGAAAAUAAGUCAGAACAUAGUCUUUUAAAUCUGUUGCUGCUUAAAACUUGUUGGUAUCUUUACUACUUACUAAUUAUCAAAAUUAAAUCAUACUUUCAAGGCUUUCCCCAAUAUCUUCACAUUUAUUUUAUCGUGACAGUACGGAAUCUUACCAAAGCAGCAUUUACUUCUUAGAAAAAUGAAAUCUAGAUUGGAAAAAUAAAUUGAUAAUUAAAUUCAUAAUAGCAAAAGCCUCUUGUAGAUAUGUGGUUAUACCAGUCAACGUUAUUUUUUGUAGAACAGCCUGUGUUAGAAGGAUCCCAGACAGUCUGUAUGCUGUGGUUUGCAAUGAAAUCAGAUGAUCUUGGAGAAUUUUUCAGCAAAUCUCUAUACAUCUCUUUCUUUCUGUGCGUGUAUACACAUACAUGCAUGCACACUGUAUACACAGAGUUUUGUUAUAUACAAGAAGAGUUGAAAAGGCAAUUCAUUUGAUUUUAGCUUAUUAUUCCAUAAUCUGAGAUCUUUAAGUUCAAGUAUAAAUUGUAUUAAAUGUAUUACAUAUUGGUAUUUUUCAUGGACAAACUAUUUUUAUGAGGCUGAGGAAAUAUGCUCAUUUAAGUUUGGAAUGUAUAUAAUAAUGGCUAUUCAGAUGCACAGCCCUGUUCUCCAUCCUUAUCAGCCACUUUUCUAUGACUAGUUGGAUUUAUUUUUUUGCAUAUGAAAAGUUGCAGGUCUUCUAGACUUGAAUUCAAAUUAUUUUUCUAUACUUUUGCUGUAGGAACCAUCUGUCCAUAAUGAAAGCUAUGACUAAUAAAUUACUUAGUCUUUAUGUUCUGAUUCUGUAUUUCAGAAAAUCUGUUUCUUCCAAAAAUUAAAAUCUUCUUUCUAAAAUA